AUGGAUAAUAAUAAUGAAUUAGAUGAGGAUUCUGUUAUUAUUAUUGGUUUAUACUAUUAAUAUUAAUAACUUAGAUCUUAUUAAAUUUAAAAAGUAUUAGAAGAAAUGAAUAAAUAUAAAGAAUAAAUAUUGAUAUACUCUUCAAAGAUUUAUGGUUUUCUUAAUAAAUUAUAUUGCUUAUUGCCUCAUGAUAAUGAUAAACUAAAAAAGAAAUCAGCUAAGAAUAAAUGGAUUAAAAUAUAUUUUAGUAAUUUUAAAAUGUAAUAUAUGAUUCAUGAAGAUUAUUGCACUUAUAUAAUUUAUAAUAAAAUACCUACUCCAAAUCAUUAAUAUCAUCAACCAUUAUAAGAGGACAUUUUAAGUGAAUUUCAAGACCAAAUUCUUGAUUAUAUUUAGAAGAUUAAUCAAAGGUUUUUUGAAAAUUUGUGUUAAAAUAAUUAAUAUUCUCAAAAUAACAUGUAAUUUUAAUUAGAUAACUUUGAAUACUAUUAAAUGAUAGAGAAUUUAUAUUAUAAUAGUGAUGAUGUUUUAACAUCUUAAGAAUAUUAAGAUAUUGAAGAAUAUAUGAGAAAAACUGCCUAAUAAAUAAUAAAAUAUGAAUUUGAAAAAAUAGCUGAUUAAAUUAAAAAUUCCUAUAAAGAUUUUAUAUCAAAUACAGAAAUAUAACCUAAUUAAUACCCUCAGGAGUUUAAUUAUAAGAAUUAUGGUGAUGGUUUAAAAGCAGUAAAACAUAUGGAAGAUAAAUAAUUUAAGGUAUAAUAGAUACAAGAAAAUUAAGAUAUAAGUGAACUUCAAAUUGGAGUAUAUUAUAUAUAAAUAAAGAAAUCAAUGAUUAUUCUUGAAAUUAAAAAAGAUUAAAAAAAUGCCUACAUAAUUAAUUACUUUCAUCAUUAUUAAAAUAAAUCUUCUAUAUUUUAAAAACUAAGUUAUUUUUAAAUUUGGAGAAUCAAGACAAUUAAAUUAAGUAUUGAAGAGACUUAUGCUCUUAUUAAAACUAAAAAAAAGUCAUCUGAUUUUAACUAAUAACAGAAUAACAUAAUUGAAAUUUAUGAAUAAUAGGUCUUUGAAGAAAUUAAUAAUUAAUUAGAAUAAUUUAAUAAUUUGUAGUAGAAUAUUAAAAAUUAUAUUUCCAAAAUUAUUCCUUAUUCAACUAAUUAUAAAGAUAUUUAUUCUUUAAAAUUUAUUUAGCAAUUAUAAUAGAAAAAUAAUUUUGAUUUUAAUUUAAUACAAAUUAUAGAGUUUGAUUAAAAUCUUGAAAAAUUACUAUUUGAAACAUAAUCAUAAAAUGUUAUUUUGAAAAAUAAAGAAAAUAUUGCAUUUGGAGCAGUUAUUUAUCCCAAUCAAAAUCAAAUUAUUGUAUAUCUAAAAAAUGAUAGUAACAUCUUUAUUGAUGGUUUAGAGUACUCUCAAUAAAAGAAUUACUAUAGAGGAAUUAAUAUGAAAGAAUCAAGAUUUAAUAAAUAUAACUAAGAAAAAAGUGAUUUUUAAUUAAAAAUUAAUUAGAAGGAAUAGGAUUAAAAAUAAAUUAUAAUUUAUUUUACAAAUAUUAAAGAUAUUUCAGCAUAAGUUGCUUAAUUUUAUGUAUCCUUACUACUUAAGAAGCCAGAAUUUAAAGUAUUGAAAAUGAUUAAGAAUUUCUUUGAAUUAAAACCCUAGGUUUGGAAAAACAUUUUGUAGUAUUUAGAAUGAAUAAAUCUAUAUAAUAUUUUAUCGUUAAAUAAUGUAUAAUAACAAUUCAUUUUUCUAGAAUGACAUAAGUUAACAAUAAAUUGAUUAGGCACUUUUGAGAUUGAAUGCUUUAUUAAAGGAUGAACCUCCAAAAAUAGAAAAAUAAAAGUUUAAAAAACCUAUCCUUAAUAAUUCAGAAGAUGCAUCAAUUAUAGUUACAUCAUAACCUAAUUAUACAUCUUAAACUAAAAUGACAUCUGAAUAGAUUAAUCAUUUUGUUGAAAGAAUGAAUGAUAAAUAUAAGCAGUAAAUAGUAUUUUAAAGUCAUUCAUAGAACUUAGAAUAAAAUUAUUGAGUAGAGAAAAGAUUAAAUAUAUUCACCUAUUAAAGUAAAUGAAAAGAGUUAAUCAAUUCUAAAAUAAAAAAUUCAAAAUGGUGAAUAUUAAUCAUUAUAUGAAAGAUCUAAAAUCAGACAAAUUGAAAAAUAAGAAAAAAUUAAAGAAAAUGAAAAAUAGAAAAUAUUAGAAGAAAUGAUGAGUAUUAAAAUAAAAUAAAGUGAAUCAAAAUCAGUAGAUAAUUUUAUAUAAAAAAUGGAUUAUUGGAAAGAAAAGAGAACAUAAAAUAUAUAAAAUUAAUAAUAAGAAAAAAUAGAAAAGGAAUUAGAAGGAGUUACAUUUAAACCUAAUCUAAAUUCAUUAUCUGAAAAGAUUAUCAAAAAAUAAAAUAGAGAUAAUGAUGUAUUAGAAAGAUUUUAAAAGUCAAAUCUAAAUAAAUAGAUGAAUGAAUAAAAAUUAUUAAUGGAUGAAUUAAAAAAAACACCAUUUACACCCAAAUUAAAUAAGAAUUCAGUUCUAAUAAAUAAUUAGGUUUAAAAAUAAUAAUUAAAAAAUCAUAACUAUUUUAUAAAGUAAUAAACAGUCAAAUAAUAAAGAGAUUCAAUUAUAAUUAAUAGUACCAAUCAAAAAUAAAUAUCAAAGGAAACUUAUAAUUCUAAAUAAUCUAAAUCCUUAACUCCUGAUCAUGUUAAUUCUAAAUAUUCCACUAAAAAAAUUAAAGAUGAUAAUUAAAUAAGAUAGAGAUCCACUACUCCUUUAAAAUAAAACAAAAUCAUUCCUAAUGUAUAAGAAAUAAAAUAUAAUCCAAAUCUUAAGUUUUUAAUGACAUUAGCUUAAAAAGAAUUGAAUUAUUCAUCCUUAUUUUGA